AUGCUACUGCCUCACCCGAAUAGCUGGGAGGAAGGGCCAUGGGACCGGCAGAGGCAGAUUUGCAGCGUGAGUCCGGCAACACUGGAGUCUAAACUGGAGGCCCUGCAGUGCCACUUCUCCUGGGAUCUGGACCCUGGCAGGUCCAAACUUUUACGACUCAGGGACAAGUUGGAAGACAUCGCCUCCGAGGAGGGAAAAAGCUCGCUGGGUCACAUUUACAACAUGCAGGGGUUAAUUCAAUACAAGCUGGGGUUCACCGAAGAUGCCCAGAGUUUGUUCAGCAGGGCUGCAGAGGCCUUCCGUCAGAUGAGAAACACAGAUGAGGGCCCCUGGUUAGUGGUGAACUACGGGAACCUGGCUUGGCUGCACCACCACCUGGGAGAACAAGCAGAGAGUCAGGCUUACCUGUCGAAGGUCGACGCCCUGAUGAAUAAAUACCCAUCUCCAUCCCAGAACGAGCUCCAUCCGGAGAUCUACGCGGAAAAAGCCUGGACCCUGAUGAAGUUCAGCGCAGAAAAACAGCUGCUGGCUGCAGAUGACUUCGAGAGAGCCAUCAGGAUGCAGCCAGACAUGGUGGAGUGGCGUACCAGCCAUGUCAUAGGGUUAGUGAAUGCUUCUCAACACAGCAAGACAGGGCUGGGCCCUCUGAGAUGCCCUUCCAGUGGAGAAAACGAAUAA